AAGUCUGCAAAAGGUUCACCUUCUAUCAUAUCGGAAAAUUUCAAUAGAAAAGGUAUCGCACAUACAGAGAACGUUAGAUGUGUAACGAAUAAAAAUUGAAAAAUUCUAAUGAACAGAACGUACAGAACUUCUUCCCGAUAACUUCUCAUGUUGCCUCGAAGAGAAAAUACGAAUGAAGCUCUGACACCUCUGGUUCACCUUCGUUCGGCGAACCGGUUCUUCGAAGGUGUUAAUUAAUAAAUACAGCAGGUGGGAGGAGAAACAGUUAGAAAAUUAUAGGUUUGAAGGAAUAUAGAAUUGGAGUGGCACGUAUUAUGCGAAUAAUCUCGUAUGAGAAGAAGGAUGUUACGUGGCUGAAAUAUGAAUGGUGUAAAGGUGUUUCGAGGUGACGUAAUUGGUAUAGUGGCUGGGGAUCUAGUUUGCCACGAAAAAUGCCAAGGUUCGAGGCCCAAAGGGGCGAAAUCCAUUUAUCUCUCGGUUUUACACCCCUUCUGUCCAUGAUGGCAUCUACGGUGCGUGUUCAACCCACCAGUGUCGCUUUUAAAUUGACUCGAAACCUAUUCAAAUAUGUUAAUAACAUAGUCGUGACUCAGUCGUGCAACUUGGAAAUCGAGCAAUUUAAAUUUUAUUAAAAGGAAGAAUUUCAUAUAUCAGGGUGAUAGGAAAAAAUUUAUUACAAAAAAUUUCUACGCGACACUGGAUGUUAGAUCUAAUUUAUUUUCAAAAUAAUAUAAAAUUUAGAAAUUACAUCGUCGCUGUUUUAGCUCGCCAUCCAAGGGGGUCGCGUUAGAAAAACCUCAUCUGCAUGCAAAGUACAGAAAGGGUCUGAUUUUUCACAUGUAACCGCGUUUCCUUUGUUCCACGGUGGUAUUAAAAACGUGCAAGAAAAGAAAAGCGAUUUUCCUCUGUCGUUAACGUCCCCCCGCCCCGUAAUCCGGCAAACAAACUUAAUGCGCUCUAUCGAAUCGCAACGAGGACGGAAGUUAAUUGCCACUUUUUCUCAAAUCACACGACCAUCGUCGAACGACUAUUUCUCUGUUCCUUAACUCGUUGCAUCGCGUGUUUCAUUACUCUUUUCGAACUCGUGUGCAUCGAUGUAAAACGCGCUAGAAAAAAUGAAAAAGAAGAAAAGGAAUUUAAAAACGAAGAAUAAUUACCGAGCUAAGUGGGUUCAUUUGCGUACGCACGGUUUAACCUACGGGCCAAAGCUAGGCCGUUUUCAAGCCUGUGGCUCGCUAGCUUUUUCACCCGUUUCAAGGAAGUUUUUUAAUCACCGCCACCCGGAGCCUCGGUGGAUAUCUGACGUGGAGGAUCGUAAUUGCAUUUCAAAACGGCGGCCGGUUACGCGUCGAGAAGUUUUCCCGACUGACUCUUCGAAACCUUCACGCUAACCGGAUCGUUUGAAAGCGUUUCCCUCGAUUAAUCGACCAGAAUGAAAUUCCAUCUGCUACGAUUCCGGGUGAAAAGUGUCAAACUUUCAUAGCAAACCCCCCUUUGGAAGACGUUCCUCCAGGAAUUCCUAUGAAUUCUCUGAUUGCGAGAAGAUCCCAUAUUUGUCAACGUAAAAUCCUUCGAAUCUUCGCAUUUUUCAGAUUUCUUUAUUUCCUUGCUGUCUUUUUUUCGCUGUUUCUUUCCAAGAACGUUUAUUACGUGCAUCGACCGUUCGUGUAUGACGUAUAGCGACACUUUCUCGUUUUCACAAACAGGUCGGAGAGCAUUUCUCCUCGCUAGGACGAAGUGCCUAUUCACCGCAGAUGCGUCUGUUACUUCUUCUUUACGGGGAUAGAAUAUGCCGCGUUUCUUCUCUCCUUCGAGCAAGUUUCACCAUUUCAGUAGCGUGUAGUUCGUUGAAACCAUUGCUGGUAUCGUAAAGACUUCCUCUAUAGACUACCCAGGAAGUUAAUAAAUUAUAUCGGCCAGAUAAAUCCACGAGAAGAUUAUAAAAUUGUACCAGUGAUUUUUACAAAUUGAUUUUAUUCAGAAUCAAUAUUUUAAUUUUCAAAUUUGGUAUGAUAUCUUAAAAUGUUAGACGUUAGACGUAGAUGUAUCUUUUCCCUUUUUUGAUUUCGAAAUCGUUCCAUGAAUCCCUUUGCUAGCGCACGAAUAAUGUUCCAGAAAUAAAAAUUAUUCAUUUCUCGAUUUAUACACCCGAUUGUAAAUUGUAAUUUCAGAGCUAGAUUUGCAUCGAUGCGUCGACGAGUUGAAAGAAUUCGCGUGGAAAAAAAUCACUCCUCGUUUUUUCGUGCUUUGUCGGAGACCUCCCCCGUAUGGAAGAUGUUCUUAAUUUCACUCUAAUAUUUAUCGAGCUGUGAGUUGUUAACUGUAACGAUGACGAUAUUACGCUCUUUGAUUUUCUCUUAUUUUUUAUUAAUAUCGUUCAUUCGACGUAGAAAUAAAAUUCAGUUGAAAUUUCACUGGGAAAAACAUACCCCUCCACUUUUUAUAAAUUAUUAACUUGAACUUUGAUUAUCUUUUCGACAUCGUGUAAAUGGGGAAGUAAAUUAUCGGAGUUUUUUUUCAAGAAUUUUAAAUCAGCUUGUUACAUUCUUUGCGGUAUUUGGCACAUUUUAAGGAUGCUCGAUAUCCGAGCCGGCGAGAAACCUCGAUCUACAUAAUCCACGUAAAAAAAACUCCCAUGAAUUAAUAUCUGCUCCUUCUUCUUCCUUGAGAAUAAUUGAGCUCGAUGCUCCUUACGUGUCGAUGAAUAUCAACGAGGAUUUAUUAGCUCUUCAAGUAUUCACGAAGCUUUUUUUUCCAAAGAAGCUUAUCCGUUUCGAACAUAGAAACAUUGAUAAUCAUUUGUAAUAAGGAACGUAUCAAAAUCAACCUUAUCCUGAUUAGGAAUUUAAUUUUUCAUUAAAUAAUACUUGCAUCAAAAAUGAGAAAACGAAAGUUAUAUUUAUUUUCUAACUCAAAUAAAAAACAGAGAGAGAGAAAGAGAGAAGGGAAGAAGUUGGGGAUAAAAUAAAAUUGUGACCAUCAGAAAUUUUUCCGAAUUUUCAUGUUCGCGUUUCGCGUGCGGCCAAGUUGUUAGAUUUUCGUCGAGUUUCAAUGGUACGUUGGAAGUUCCCAGCGGUCUGUAAUUUCCUCUGAGCGUCGACCAUUCUAAUUUUAAUGAUAGAGAUGUAACGUUCCCUCGGUCCAUCCUCAGAGACCGCGGGAAAAUCUGUUCAAAGGCGCCGCCUCGAAAUUACGAUCCGUACACGCCUCUAAACAGAAAUAACGCGCGAUGCACAAUGAACUGCUUGCCUCUGCUCUUUUCAACACCGACCCCCGUGACCGAACGUUAAUGAAUUGCUCGUAAACUUUCACCCUUCUGUCCGUCGAAUGGGAAAUUAAAUGCAUCGCGUUAAAUACAGAAUUCGAUCGCGAUUUUCUUGAAAAAAAAAGGGGGACGAGCGUCCGGAGGAAUUUAUCGUUGCAAUUCAACCAGUUUAAGGCCCGGUUCACGGAUCAGUGGAACACACAAUUUUCGCCUUUACCACGCGUUACAGCGUUUCAAGGGAAGAAUAACUAUUUCCGUGGUGAAAGUGAGGCACUAUUUUUCGAGCUUCCUGUCCAGAUGGAGAUAAAUUGUCGUUGAAAUAGACCGGCCUCGUGGCUGCGCCCCUGAAUGCGCUCAUCGGCCCGAGGAAAGAUGAAUGAACUGCAGUUACCGACAGACGAAAUGUGUGCCUGCGAAAAGGAUCCAAGGAUGUUUGUAUUCCGUGCGAGAAAUUGAAAUUCUUUCGAAUCGCUAAGAAAAACUAGCUACGAUCCAUUCCGAGCACUUCGCAAUUUAAGGACGUAAUUGUAUUAAUAAUUCAAAAGAAUUUUAUUUCGAUAAAUUGGAGAAUCCUUUUCGCUGGAAAUUCCAUUCGAUUUUCGAAGAAUUUUUUUCAAGGUAAUUUUCCUUUUUACCCUCACCGUUUCACGGAGGGUCACAAUAACAAGCACGGUUCGAUCCGUACGACGUUUCUUAUCCGCAAAUCCGAUUCUUUCUUCGUACGUACGCUUUUUCUAGCCUCAGCCUUGAGAGGCUGCCAACCAAUAUCUGAGUAAGCUGCUCAGAAUCAAGCACCCCUUUUUCCUUCCUUUCCGGACCUAUUCAGAGAGGGGGAGAAAAAAAGGCGAGCCUCGAAGACAGCCAACGCUUUGAUCGCCUCCAGUUCUUCGAUAAUCACCUUUCAUAACCUGCGCGGUUUUUUUUCUCUCUCUCUCUCCCUCUCGUUAUCCCUCUUCGUUUAUCCGUGAUAAUUCUCGCGGAUAUCGGUCCCAGUUCGAAUCAAUCCCUCGGGGUACUCGGCUGACUCAAGAAGGAUAUAUUCCUCUCCGGCGUCUACGUGGCUCGUUGUUAAGGGGAUUUAUGACCGUGGCCGGAUGCUUUGGCAUAAACGAGACCCGGCGUAAUACGAAAAUAAUGCAAAUGCUGCGAGCGAAUACGACGAUACAAUUUCAGAGAAGCCAAGGGAACAACGACAUUCAUGUGCUAAGAGGACCCACGGAAUCGUACACGAGUUGCGAUCUACGGUCUACGGAUAGUUCGGGGGUGGGUUUUGUGUCUGCUCGUGGAGAAUCUGGUACUUGGAGUUAGGAUCUUACAUGGAAGUUAAAUGGACCUUGGAUCGUUGACCGGGGGUGAAUAACGCUGUAAAAAUUGGAUCACAAGAAUGAUAAACCGAGCCGCGAUCGAAGCUGCUUCAUUAUUCGCUUAACUCGCGAUAACGAACUAAUUGCCCCUAUUAACGAGUCCUCGCACCUCGCUGCUUGAUCUCUCAGCCACGAAACAGUGCGAGAAACAUUCGCCUGUCAUUGUUCGGACGUUCAUCAUGCGGAGCAUUUUUCUCCUUUCACUUCUGUUCGUGGGACACGUUCAACGAUGUCCUUUGGAGUGUUUCGGGUACCUGGUCUUUCCGAAACCUGGAAAUAUAUCAUCGACUAAACUACAGGUAAUCCUCGGCCUCGGUUUACCUAUGGAAGUCGACGUCAGCCUGAUUAUGGGAUAUGUGGUGAAAUUUAAUUACGCCCUGCCCUCUAACGCUUCCUACUUGACGGAUUCAUAUGUACGCUAUGACAGAUCGAUCAGAUCCGGUGUCCAGGUCGACGAGAAUGACGAACUCUCGCCGGAUCAUCAAGAGAAGGAAGUGAUCAUUAACAGAUGGGAAAUUUACGAAAUUCUCGAGUCGGUUCUCGGUGAUUCUCGAUCCGGCAAGGCCUGCCUUUUGAGAGCGAUUUGCGAGGCCUCCGCCGUGCCUUUUAACCGUGUUCACGGUCUCACCUCUCAGCUCAUUCAUCUUCUCCUCACACCGUCCAGCACGUCCGAGCCUUUCAGGAAUGACUUUGAUCGAGUGUAUCACGCGGCUGAAAUUAUGGGCCGACAGGCAGUUAGCUCUUGCGACAAUUUAUUUCCGGAAUGCUCUCAGAGCCCGUUGGACUACUUCACCGAGCUCCAUGAAUAAUCAUCUGAUUAACAGUUGCUCCGACGAAAGACUGGAUUAUUCUUUUGCUGUUGUUAUCCCAGCCAUGGAUUAGUUUAAUUAAUUGAUCCUUCCUACCAGUUGACUCGACAAGGUCCUGUAAAAGUAUCCAUAUAUAUAUAUUUCUUUUUUAAUUAUACAAAUCUUGUAAACAUCCCUUCCUGCAAACCACUAACGUUGAAUUUCCUCCGGCAAUUAAUACAGAUAAGACACUUUCACAGCGCCCUUAAUCAACCUCGAACCCGAAGAACCUCGAAGCUCACGUUAAAGCAGUUAAUCAAGCCUGAAGUCCGAAGGAGAGAUCCGAGCGCGUUAGGAAGCAAAACGAAGAAUCGAUCGGGUUAGCU